CAACGUCCUGGUCCUGGUCAGAACUUUACAAUAUACCGAGGAUUUUCCAAUCCAAUUGAGAGAGAGAGAGAGAGAGAGAUAGGGUGAGUUCGUAUGGAUUUGGACUCCCUACGUUUGCUUCAGACUCAAAUCCUCCAACGACUAUCUGAAUUGGAGGCGUGUAUGCUGCCUUCCGGCCAACAACAACACAGUAAUAUUUCGCCCACUCUGUAUCAACAAGGAAAAGCAGAAGAAGAUGAAGAAGACAAUGAAAAUAUUCACCAUUGCACCACCAUGGAGUCCCGCAUAUCUCACAUUCUUCGCUCAGGUGGAGUUGGAGAUUUCGAGUUCAAGAGGGUGCCUUCGGAUUACUAUGAAAGAAGCCUUGAAGAGAGGCGCGAUAUCGUUGGGGCCCCAUCGAUCGAUCAUCUCUGCAAGAGCAUCGUCCUGACUAAUACUCAAGCCCAUGCAAGUGUUACUGAUUGCAGUGAUCCCAAAAAUUCAAAAUAUUAUGUAGUCGUCAUUCAGUAUACAGCUCGAUUAAAUGCCGAAAAUGUGAAAAACUUUCUACACACACUUAACAAUGGAAAAAUACCAAAGAAGAAAUUCAAUUUAAGACUUGCACCAGAGGAGGAAUCAUCAAAGUUGACUGGAUAUGAGCAUAAUGCAGUCACACCUAUCGGCAUGAAGACUGACAUUCCGGUGAUCCUGGACCAAGCAAUAACAAGGCUUCAACGGGAUUUCUUCUGGUUGGGAGGCGGCGAAGUGGAUUUAAAGCUGGGCAUCAACACAUCCCAAUUCAUCAAUUUUAUUAAACCUUUCUUAGUCAAUUGUAGCUAAUUUUUUGUCUCUUAUUUAAUUUGGUCUUUUUUGUUGACUAUUGGACGAGUUUGAGCCAUUGGAUCUCCUUAGAAUUUGCAUCGGACGGUCGCUGCCUUGGCUCGGGACUUGAUUUGGUCUUUCUGUUACGAGGCAGAGGCUUUGUUUAUCUAUAUAUUUAGUGUUGAUAUGUUUGUGGUACCUCGGGAGUUAAAUAAGAUGUCGGGGUUUU